GUGAGACCAUGCGGAUUGCCUCCUCUGAAUUUGCUGAUGACCCAUGCUCCUCAGUGAAGCGUGGCACCAUGGUACGGGCAGCAAGAGCUCUGCUAUCAGCUGUAACACGCUUACUCAUCCUGGCGGACAUGGCAGAUGUCAUGAGACUUUUAUCUCAUCUGAAAAUUGUGGAGGAAGCUCUGGAAGCUGUCAAAAAUGCUACAAAUGAACAAGACCUUGCAAACCGUUUUAAAGAGUUUGGAAAAGAGAUGGUGAAACUUAAUUAUGUAGCAGCAAGAAGACAACAGGAGCUGAAAGACCCUCACUGUAGGGAUGAGAUGGCAGCCGCUCGCGGGGCACUGAAGAAGAAUGCCACAAUGCUGUACACAGCGUCUCAAGCCUUUCUUCGCCACCCUGAUGUUGCUGCCACAAGAGCCAACCGAGAUUAUGUGUUCAAACAAGUGCAGGAGGCCAUUGCUGGCAUUUCCAAUGCUGCUCAAGCUACCUCUCCCACUGACGAAGCCAAAGGCCACACGGGCAUCGGCGAGCUGGCUGCAGCCCUUAAUGAGUUUGAC